AAAUAGCUCAGGUUCCGAAGAAAGCCAAAUUCGUGGGUCAGUGUUGAUACACUGGACUUGUAAGAGCUGGUCAAUCAGGGUAUCUCGAGAAUGGCAGAUCCAACACUUGACGCCCUGGUGAAUAGCGUGUCCACUCACCUUGAACCACGGGAGGUAAUGGAUUACUUAUAUCAGGAACAUGCACUCAGCGAGGAGGACAUGGAUUUGGUCAAUGUGAAGGUCACACGUAAAGAUAGAUGUCGUAAGCUGGUGGAGAGGCUGGUUAAUAGGGAUGACAAGGUCAAGGCCUUGGAAACAUUCGUAGACAGUUUGAAGUCGGAUUAUAGUUUCUUGGUGUCAUCGAUUGCUAUUUGCGUCAAAUCUGUUAUUACAUCAAUCCAAGAGAGUGUUGCCAUUCAAACACGUUCAGGGGAAUGCUUAGUGAGUGUACCCGUCCCAUAUACUUCCACCGAUUCGGACGCAGAAAACCGUUUAACCAAAAGACAACAAGCUAGAACAAAGGGAAUCAUUGCGCGUCCCUUGUCGCAAUCUGGAGUAACAUUGGAUAGGAGAGUUCAUCGAGUAUUCAACAUCCUGAGUAACCCCCUCAACAAGGGAGACUACUCGCAAUUUCGCGACAAUUCCCAAAAACUUAUGUCGUGUUGUCGAUGUCCUGCCGACGUGCGGUUCACGGUCUUUUACCUGCAGUGCUGUGAAGCCCUGUUUCAGAACGACCUCAGUCGAACUAAAGUGUUGUGCGAAGAAGCAUCGAAGCUGUUACAACACACCAGCAACCCGCUCGGAUUCUCUGUAGACAUUCUGUCUAAAAAGGCGUGGAGAUAUUUCAAACUUAAUAAACUGAGUAAGUUAGAGAGUUGUCUUCGAGACGCCAUGCAGCUGAUUCACCAGGACCCUCUAAGCUGCUCCGGAAAAGCGGCAGGGUGGAUAUAUGUGGAUCAUGCAAGACUGUUGACGUCUGUGCUCGCAGCUGCUAGUCCGCGUCGAAGUCACAAUCUUAGACAACAAGCGCUCCGCAGUUUGGAAGAAGCAAUAGAGCACUUCAAACGUGAAAACAGCAAUGAUGGACUCUUUGGGCAGUCUGUUGCCUUCGUUAAGUAUGCCUCGCUUCUCCUUCAAUGUGGUGAGAAUAUGCAGUUUUCUGGGAUGAACUUGACUCCGUCAAGUGUGGAUAAAGCCAAGGACGUUUUGCGGUUUGUUGAAGAAUCGGAACUUGGCGUCCCAGAGAUUCUUCGAGUGACAUACUAUACAGCAAUGUCGGACCUUCGUUACCGUCAACAGAACGUCCAGCGCGCUCUAGAGUACGCCACAGAUGCGUCGGAACUGUCGGGGAGGUUAGGCAUGAGCCAGGAGCAGAGACAUGCGGUCACAAGGGUGGACUUCUACCAAGCACAAAGAAGCAGAGGACAAGUAACCUUAGUUACUGCAGAUAUCGAGGCAAUGUGGGCAGAGAGUGCCAGAGAAACAGACACGGGCGGAACCUGUGUACGGGUCUUAGAAAAAGAUCAGAUCGGAUCAGGGAAGAGAAGUAAGGAAAGUAAGAAGAAUGCCAUUGUGUUGUGGUUGCGCUUCAUAGCACUACUUGUGUGCAUCAUAGUGGGGAUUGUGGCACCUAUGACGCUCACGUAAUGUACUGGAAUCCAUGACACCAGACUGACAUAUAUCAAGGGAGGUAACUCUGGGGGGCGCUUAGUUUACACAGGUGUAUCUUUGAAACUGUUCAGGGGUUUUACAUCUUACGCAAUAUUUCAGUAUUCAGUUUGUUGUUUUGCCGUGUAUAUCUAAUGGCACAUGGAUUGUUAGUUUAUAUAAUAUAAGUUUUGUUGUACCAUGUCAAUAUUGUUUUGAUGGUGUGUAUUGUUACAUGUCAACAUUUUCAGCUAAACGCUCUAUCUGCAUGUACAAUAUCAUUAAUGCUCUAAGGCCACAGUGUUAACACCGUCUGAUUUUUCAGUGGAUGGUGCAAUAUCGUUGUGUGCGCGUGUGUGUGUGUGUGUGUUGGUCGUGUUUCACACACUGUCGGGUUCACACUCUAUGAUACCAUGUCGCAUUUUAAGAUGAACACCCUACUUAGAAAUAGUAUUCUGUGUCUCAGUACGGUGUCUCAAAUUCAAUCCUUGAUGGCAUUUUCACAUAAAACAUUUUCCUAUUUGUAAAAUGAAUGGUUUGGGUGAUGUAAUUAGCAUUGUUUCAUGCUAUGUCAAAUCUCCAAAAUGAACAUUGUGUUUUGUAAGGCUGUUUGUUUACUUUGCUUUUGCAGUUCGUUUAGUGAAAAACGUGCAUGGUCACAUUUAAUUCCAAUAUUUCAUAUAUAUUUUGAGGCUAUUAAAUGGUGUGUCGGCCAAAUAUAUAUUGGCA